AUGAGGCUCCUAGUGAUGUCGAUGAUGGCGUUGGCUUUGGCCUCAGGCUACACAAUCCGGAUGCGCAGACCGGUCACUCCCAUCGACAAGUUCUUGAUGAUGGUCCGUCUGGGUUCUGACCACAUCUGGCAGUCCGAAUUGCAGGAGACGCUCCGGACUCCGUCGAAGCGGUUCUUCGCGUCGGACCUCAUCCUUAACGACAUGAUCCCGCUCUCUUACGACGAGUCCGCCCCCUUCUGACACGACUAAACAACAACAUACCUAUUGUAUGUAUAAAAGAUUUGAUCUGUUACUCGUACCGCAAGUUCUCCAUUUCUAAUGUUUGAUCGAGAAAAAAGAUGUUUGAGAACUCAAUAAAGUUUCACGUGUCCUUUCGGCACACUCGUUCCUUGCUUAUCAAGUUCUGUGUUCAUAAUAAAACCUGAGCGGCUCUGAAAGUCGGUCUUUGGUGCAAAUUCAAAGAAAAAAGUGGCUUGAGCAGCAUGGUAAAGUUGAAAACCAUUUUUCCAGGUCAAGUUCUCAUUUCACAAAAUAUAUAUGAAGUUAUUUCGAAAGUGAGCUCAACGAGUUGUAGUGUACUCAGUACUACAGGCGUGUGACGGCGACGAUCUUUUGGCAGCGCCUGGAAAGGCGAUAAAGUUUCAAAUUGAUGUGCGAUAGGAGCUGUGUAUAUAACAGAGACUGUUUUACGUGCAAAGGAUUCUGACUUCUUUUUUUUUCCUGAACUCAGAAAAAGCCUCACAGGAUGGCUUUUCUCGACAUCCGACGUCAUCAUCUUCUGUGCUUUUCCCUAUGGCAGUUUGCUCUUUUUUUCUGUUGUCAACAGAUUUUUCCGGUAGAAUUUAUUUUUUAAAUCGGCAAAAAAAAAUUCAGGUCUUUUACAACUUCUCGCCAGAGUUGGACUGUGCAGAUGCCAAUUUCACUUUCUCAAAGCCUCGCUGUAAGCUUUCCAAGUAAGUUAUAUUGACGUCGUCAGAAACGAGACUUUUCGAGAUUCAAAAAGUUUUGAAGAGUCGAGCAGUGCGAUGAACUUACAAGAAACUGCUCGAAAAUCGUAGCAGGAACGGCGCCUUUCCACUCGAUGGUCCAAGACUUUGAAAUGUUCUGCGGCGAGAAGGCGUACGACGCUACUUGGGUUCGUUUCGAAACGUAUUUCUCUUUGCAGUCGUUCUCAAACCUUUUCAGGUAGCAACCAUCCAAUUCUUGGGGGUUCUGGUAGGAACUGUGGUCUACGGUCACUUGGGGGACCACUUCGGACGUCGGCCUGUUGCUCUUUUUGGCUUGGCUAUUGGCAUCAUCUUUGGCGUUUCUUCAGGUAUCUCUGAGCUCUGUUUUCUCUCUCGAACUAGUUUUCCACAAAAUGUUCAUCUAUAGGACUGGCGCCGUCGUGGCCAAUAUUUGCUUCUUUUCGGUUUAUUGUUGGAUCUUCCAUCGCCUGCGUUCUCGUCGUCUUUUACACUUACAUUUCGGAGAUGAUCCUUUCCGAACAGCGCGUUUUUCUCCGAUCUUUUUUUAACUGGGUAUUUUCUCAUCUUAUUGAAAAAAAAAAUUAAGAAUGUUAUCUUACUAUUUAUGGAUAUAUUGUUAAUACAGCUCGAUUAUUUUUUUGUUUUCUAUCCGAGAAAAAAAAUAUUAUGAUAGGGUCUUUUAUAGUCCCCUGUUUUCCUUUAGAACUUUGUUUCUUUAUAGGGUUACGCCCGACUAGUGUUCACACUCGUUUGUUUCUUGUGUGGUUAUUGGAGGUUGGGAGAGUUCUUAUUUCUCUUCAAUUUGAUUCUCUCAGGUCAGCUUCGAUAGCGACCGCUCUUUUAGCAGCCCCAGUUCUCCCUGUCCUGUACUUUCUGCCAGAGUCUCCAACUUGGUUGGAGAAAAACUGAAGUGCUUUAAAAAAUUCUAAUUUUAGGUACCGGAACAGAGGGAAAAUUCAGGAAGCGCAGAAGGCUGAGGAGUGGAUCCGGAAGUUGAGUGGCUUGGAAGUACAACUCGAGGAAGACAAAAGAUCAACUCCGAUCACAACUGAAAAAGUAUUGAUUCUGAAUUUCGCUUUGGUGUUUUAUAAAGAAGUGUUGCAGACUCAGGUUUACACAGUCAGAGACUUGUUCACGUCUUGGCCCAUUACUUACAAGACCCUCGUUGUCGGUUGUCUCUGGUUUUCCACCAGGUACAUCUUCUCCCGUGGGCUAGAUAAACGCAUUCAAACUCUUUCUAGUUUUGGAAUUUGCAACAAAUUUAUUUUCAUCCAAGUUUCAAGCGAAAAGAAACGAAAUUUUUUUUUCCUUCUGGUCAAACGCAAGUCACGAAAGUUCUAUUGUCCAAGAAGAGCGAAAAAGGGAAAAUACUAGGAAAAGCUCAGGAAAUUGAGGCCUUCUCUGCACAUUUUCGACUUGUUUUUUUCUCCAUUUAGUCUAGCAUAUAUUUUUGUUUUCAAGUACUCCUAUGCAGCGGCGGGGGUUUUCAAGAAACCGUGUGUUCCCCGAGUUUGAAUACUUUCAUUAUGUUUCCGUCCUCAAAAAACUUUUGCGAGCCUUCUUCCAUUUGCAAUUUACACAUUUUUAAUUUUUCGUCUCUGCAGCUUGUCGGCGUUUGGAAGCGACUUGAAUUCUGGCAACUUGGCCGGCGACUUUUAUCUCACACAGUUCGUAUCGGGAGCUGUUACGGCACUUGCAAAAAUCGUGAGUCUUCUGUAUCAAAAAAAAAACCUGCGGAGUUCAAUGUUGAAAAAAAAAUCAGUCUUUCCGAUUGAGUUCUUUUUGAAGUUACUGCGACAGAGUUAUUUUAAAUUUUUUUUUCUCGGGGUGCAAAAAAGGCUUCGAUAUCAUAAUUUCAAAGUUCAACUGUAUUUUGAAAAGGAUAUUGCAGUUUGUUUUCGUGCUGGAUGAGAAGUGGCCUUCUUUCGACAGACGGAGACUGCACCAGCUGCCUCAGGCGCUGGUCGUCCUCUGCUACGCAAGCAUCAUGGUGCUAAUGAUGCUCCCCGAGUCGGACUGCUCCAACGAGAGCUCCCGCGACCUCGCAAGUCUUGCUGCCACUCUAGUUCGAAGAAAUUCGCUGCCUUUUUCAGUCGUCAUAGUCAACAUUGUCGGCGUCUCUCUAAUCGAAGUCACCUGGGACGCAUGCUAUCUCGUCGCCGUCGAGUGCUUUCCCACGCGAAUCCGCACUAUCGGUCUACCUAUUCAUGUCUUUUCUCUAAAAAUUGCUUUUAGGAAUCGGAACUUGCUCUUUGCUGGCUCGCAUCGGAGCGCUGGUCGCUCCACAGGUGAGUAAAAAGUUGGAACUUGAUGGCAGCUUCUCAGAUGGCUUAUCUUUCCUCAGUCUAUCGUCCGGCGCCGUACGCCGUCGUGUGUGGAAUCGGCCUCGUUUCGUUGGUAGUCUCUCUCUUCUUCCUGCCUGACACCAAGGGCGUCGAUCUCAACGACGUCGACAAGCCGGCAGUUUACAGAAGCUCGACCUCUUCGCAAAGCGUCUGCAAAGAUAGGAAGCUCAGACUAGAAACCGUCUCGGACAUCGAACGGAACGCGUAG